GUUGGUGGGUGUGCUUCAGGCGUGCCAUCUAUCUCUCCAUUUUACAAUGCUCUGUGGGCGGCGAACUUUAUAGCCAGUUGAGUUCGACUCCGCCCAUGUCUGUGAGAGAACAUGACAUGGUGCAUUGAACAACCCGGACUCGCAAGUGAGGCCUUGAGGAGGUACCUAUGCACAUCCGCCUCUGCGAGAUACGCCCACAGCCGACCAGGUCUAGCGUGAGAUUCAAACACUGUUGCUGACAACGAUAGUCCAUCAUCGUCACUUUGUCUGUCACGAUUGCCAUUGCUGUUACUCCCUUUCUGUUUUUGCGCCUGGCACAAUUCAUCGAGGACAUCCUCUUACCUGUGCAAAGGCCCAUAAACAUGCCCGCCGGAAGAUAGCAUUCUGACCGGGACAUCCGUGGAAACCUCCUCGACCUUCUACCCGCAAUCAAGACCCCCGUGCGCUGACCUCGCGAAAUCGGCCUCUGUGUCAGCAGGGCUUCCCAGUGACAGAUGAUAGAUCUGUUCGUGCGUCCGUUCUGAUACAUCCGACAUCUUUAACUCAAACUACUCAGACUACACACGAACACUGCGUUAUCGUCCCGAGCAGCUGCGACAUCCCUCCUCGAUUCCAUUCUCACGGACUCGUACACUGACAGCCGUGAACCGCCAUCGACAUGAAGAAGAAGUCGGUGUACGCCAACAUCACCCCGAUCCCCUCCCACAUCCCGCGACAAUUGGCGAUCGACAUGCUCCAUAGUCACGGCGAGAUCAUCGAACUAAACCCGCUGGUUCUUGGUUACAAGCCGGUGCGAGCACCCCAGAAUGCUUCGGCGGACGAAUACUUUUCCACAUGGUACGAGAUUACCGAGAGGAUACAAUACGUCCCCGGGAUGGGAAAGAUGGGAUCCGGCAAGAUAUCAUUCAAAGGAGUGUUCCACGACAUGCCAUGGGGACUACAGACACACGUGUACGCUCCGCUGGGCGUGGACAUCCGCAACAAAUGGCAGAUUCGAGGCAAUCAGCCCGGCGAACCCCCGGAGUCCAGGGAGUUAGGAAGUGGUGCGCCGGCGGAUGGACUAUAUCUGAGAGAAGACAUUGAAAUCAAAUGCAACCCGGCCAUGAUCUCGUUUGUCAAGAAGGAACUGAAAGCCGCAUCAAAAGUCAUGGUCGACCGCCUGGUCAAGAAAGCCGAACUGAUCGAUUCCGGACAGCUCAGUGCGAUGAUGGAAGAUGGCAAACUCAAGACCAUAAAUCCCGCCGAUCGAUCACAGACGUUCCAGUCUUCGCCGGCGCAGUCGCAUCUCUCCCCAACUCAACCUCAGCAUCCCUUACAGCCACCCACCUCUCCGGGCUACCCAUACUCCUCUCCCUACUCCCGACAGUCACAGUACGGCAGUGGCGGGAACCACAACUACCCACCACCUCAGGGCCUGGCCAUUGAAAUGCCCGCCAGCACAGCAUACGCGAUGUCGCCCGAGCAGUCGUCGCGGCUGCCCUUGCACAACCGCUUCUCCCAAGCCGUAUCUGAAAUGUCCGCCAACACGCCCUCGCCUAACCAGAACACUUUCCCGCACAACUUGACCAGCAGUAAUGCUUCAGAUCGGGACAGACAAAGCUACGCGGGCUCCGUCAGUUCGCAUCCGAGUUCUCACGAUCCCGGCGGAGGUAUGGGCAUGGCUUCUCCGGGCCUCGACAAGCGAUCCUUUGUUGCUGAAUUGCCUGCCGGCAAUGGAUAUCUCCAGAACCAUUCCCCGAAUGUUCCUGUACCACAGCGGUCGCCGGGGCCGCCGACGCCAGACUUUAAGCCUGCUUCAUCUCCUGGCUUGAGGCAGCAGCAGCAGCAACAACAACAACAACAACAACAACAAUAUCGAUACAAUCCGCAGGACUACGCACGGCUGUCCUGAUUUAAGGCGAAGCCCAAAGUGCGAAGGGUAUUGUGCACGACAUCGUACGAAUUUCAAUGAAGGAUAUGAUUGAACGGACACUUCCCAGGGACGACUCUACGACUACGAACCGUCUUUGCAGCGAAUUUCAACCGGGCCACACGUCUUUGGUUUUAUGCAUUCUCGCUUUUUGCAUUUGACUUCUGCUUAGUUCCACCGAUCUUGAGCCUGGCGAUCUCGAUGGAGAGUCUUCUUCUUUGGAUCUUGAUGAAUGUGCCUACCAGUUAGGUAAAUAUAUACACAUAUGCAUUAUAUGUAUAUAUACCACACUUGACGCGAGACAAGAGCUCGUGUGGCGGCUCGUCGUUUUCUGGUAAUGCUCAUUGAACAUACCUAGCAUAGUAUAAUCCGUACAGGCAUACCCUAUGAAGCUACCUACCUAGGUAUGGCAAUAAGUGACCUCGCUCCAUACUAGUGCUUGGUGGAUUUAAACAGUACUGUAGGUAGGCAAGGUACUCUUACUGAGCCUGCUCGGUCGGUACCCGGUAUGCAGCAUGCGGAACCUGGAAUAGGAAUAUCUCCUUUAGC